AUGUCCAAGCCGCUUCACGGUACUCGUCGGUCGCGUCGUCUGUCGAAGCAACCGCCUCGCGAUCCCGAGUUUGAAACGUUGGACUUAGACGAAGUUCAGCAUCAUUCAGAUGGUGGUGCUGUCGAUCACUCGUCUCCCGAGUCGUCCAGUUCGCCACGCGGACCCCCACAGCCGCCCACGACGCCUUCUCGCGGGUCUCAACGUUCCUCGCACAGUCGCAAGAAGGCAGACGGUCACAUCCCGCGACCUCCUAAUUGCUUCCUGUUAUUCCGGUCUGAUCACUGGCAGGCAAUCAAAGAGGAUCCUGCGACGCCACGAACACACACCGCGAUCAGUCAAAUCGCAGCCGCCCGUUGGUCUACUCUCCCUGAGGAGGAGCGGAGGUAUUACAAGGAUCUCGCGAAACUCGAAAGCGAGGCCCAUCGUCAGAAGUACCCAGGUUACAAGUACCAACCUGGGUCCCGAAAGGACAAGCGAGUGGAGCGCAAUGCCAGCCGUAAGACCAAUGCGAACAAGACUCUGCGCGCUAAGAAGCUUGCGUCCCACCCCUCGCAAGGUGUGGGGAAGAUCCAGAAGGUGCUGAGGAGAGACGACAUUGAUUCAGAUCCGGAGUACGCUCCAUCUCCGAGGUGCGCUCCUCGACCUUUGCGGGGUUCAGUCGAACGGAAGGAGGUUCAGAGCUCGAGAGUGUCUCUCGGUGUCUCACGUGAGAUGUCUGAGCCGUUUUCGUCUGCACCUUCUACUCCGGAGACUGAGGAUAUCGGGCUGCCUUCGACUCCGGACAGCGGCGACGUCGGGCUUCCUUCGUCUACGGACAGCAACGACGAAUGGGACCUUUGGGGUCCGGACAGCGGCGACGUUCAGUUUCCUUCAACUCCGGACUGGCACGAACCCGAGCUCCCCUUAUAUAACAGGCAGGCUGAUUUUGGAUUCCUGUGCACUGAGGAUAUGGCGAUGACAACUCUCGAUGACCUCCAUGCUGAUUUUCAGAUGGGACCCGACGCGUUUUCUCUUACCUUCGCCUCGACUUAUUUUGGGGAAGCUGUCCCUGGCAUGGUGAACUACGACCCUGAGGGCGACGCAAUGGAUGGCAACUAA